CACUUUCGAGUAAAACGCUUCGAGACGCCUUCUUUCUCGUCGCAAACCCCACAAUGGCUCUGCGGAUAUCUUGUUCUCGCGCUGCAAAGCGUGCCACCUCCAUCACACCCGCCACCUCCGUCCUCUCAUCCUACAGCGCGCAAUGGAGGAGAGGCAAUGCUACGGUUGCCCCAUCGCCGGUUAAGCCCGGAUCAAAGGGGCCUACCGCCAUGGUGUUCAUGAACAUGGGUGGGCCAUCAACUACGGAUGAGGUCCAUGGUUUCCUCAGCAUGUUGUUUGCCGACAAAGAUCUGAUCCCCCUUGGACCCCUCCAAAAUUACAUUGGACCGUACAUUGCUCGGAGAAGAACACCAAAGAUCCAAAAGCAGUAUGCAGAAAUUGGCGGAGGAUCGCCCAUCAGGAAAUGGUCUGAACACCAAGCUGCAGAGAUGUGCAAGAUUCUCGACAAGACCUCGCCCGAGACAGCGCCGCACAAGCCCUACGUCGCUUUUCGCUACGCCAAUCCCCUCACUGAAGACACAUACAAGCAGCUGCUUGCUGAUGGAUUUGGUGGUGGCAAGGGUGGCCGCGCUGUAGCCUUCACGCAAUACCCACAAUACUCGUGUUCUACAACUGGUUCUUCGCUCAACGAGCUCUGGAAGUGGAGGACAAGGUUAGAAGGCAAGCGCACCGGUGGAGAGACUGGCCAAGAAGUUGAGCCCGAGGGCGCAAUCAAGUGGAGUGUGAUUGAUCGAUGGCCUGCCCACCCAGGUCUCGUCGAAGCAUUCGCUCAGCUCAUCGAGAAGAAGCUUGCCGAAUACCCGCCUGAGCGCAGGGACGGCGUUGUCAUUCUCUUCUCGGCGCACAGUCUGCCCAUGACUGUGGUGAACCGCGGCGAUCCAUACCCCUCUGAGGUUGCAGCCACUGUCUACGCCGUCAUGCAGCGCCUUGGUAUGAAGUACAAAUACCGCCUCGUAUGGCAGUCGCAAGUCGGUCCACAGCCAUGGCUCGGCGCGCAGACUUCGGAUACGGUCAAGGAGUACAUGAAGAAGGGACAGAAGGACUUGCUGCUUGUUCCCAUUGCAUUCACCAGCGACCACAUCGAGACACUGUAUGAGCUCGACAAGGAGGUUAUUGGCGAGGAUGCCGAAGGCCACGAGGGCGUCAAGCGCGUGGACAGCCUGAACGACAACCGUGUCUUCAUUGAGGCACUGGCAGAUAUUGCAAAGACACAUUUGCAGAGCGGCCAGGCUUGCAGCCCUCAGAUGACGCUGAGGUGUCCCAAGUGCACGAGCGAGAGGUGUCUGGCACAGAAGGAAUUUUUCGCGAGCCAGGCGCAACACAUUGAUCCUCCUACAGCAUAGUUCAUGGCACGAGAUGCCGGUGUAAAUAUGUAUUAGUAACUGUCAUUGCUCAAAAUGAUAUGUC